CUCCGUCUGUUCUCUUCCCCUAUCCUUUUCAUCUUCCUUCAUACACAUCUGCAUCCCCUCACUUCUCACAAACCCUCCAAUUUGCUGCCUCAAAUCAAUCAUUCAAUCUCAAAAUUCUGCAAAGAACUCCCGGCACUGCAUUCCUGAAGCAAGCCCUUCAUUCAAAAAACAUGGUCUCUGUCAAGUUGGCGGCCGUUGGUGCCUUUCUGGCAACUGCCCAAGGCCAAAUUCGUCACCCCAAUGAGGACCUGAUUCUUGCCGACUGUGGCAUUGGUGACAACAAAGCCCAUCCUGGAUGGUCUACUUCUCGCCAAGUGAACUGGUACCAGGACAUUCAGUGGCCUGACGAUGUCUCCAAGUUUCCCCCUCCACCCGAUCUGGAGGUUGAAGUUCCUUACGCAGAUGGAACCUACCCCUGGAAUCCCAAGGGAACCACCGUCAAGCUGUCUAACGGUGUUGUCUGGACAGCUUAUAUCAACCCAAGGAUCGCUGACGGUCAACCAGCUGGGUCUGCCGUCACCACCAAGGAAGGCGGUCAAGAACUUACCUGCUAUGCCUAUCGUGGUCGCCCUGUCAGCGCAGCAAUCAACACGACUGUCAACGCUGAUGCGGUCUGCUUGACUGCCUUUGUCUGCAACCGUGAUAACCGCGCCCCUCCUCGUCCCAGUGGCAUGGAAAAUCCUACUUCUACCUUGGAAACAUCUUCUGCCCCGCCUGCCACGACUACAUUUGUCUCGCAGCCGCCAGCAACACCUAGUCCCACAGGUGGUGAGCCAAACCCUCCAGCUGACCCCAAUGCUGGCAAACUAUUUGUGUCUAUUCUCCUCAGCCCCCGUUUCAUCAACUGGCCCAACACUUGGCAAGCCUUUAUCGAGAAGUUUUCCUGGGAUCGGAACACCGGAAAGUGCGUGGGUGAACCGGUGAAAGGGGACGGCUACACCAUUAACAUCGACUGUGCUGGCAUCCAGAUUGAUUCUGACUCUCACCUGACACUUAUCAUGAUCAAAGCUCUCCAUGACCUUGGCAUGAACAGCACAUUCUUUAACCAGAACCCAACCGUACCAGGAAAGCGCAACUCCACAGCGGAUCAUUGGGUGGUCAUGCCUGAGUCUUUCAGUUUGCAGGCCAUUGAUGUUUCUCAUCAGAAAACCAUCGGCUACCUCGCAUACAACACUACAUACGACAAUUUCCUCACUGGACCCUGCUCGUCUUGCCAAUCUGAGCGAUUCAACAAGGACUUCUUUGAUCCGGUUCUGGAAGCUGUCAAGGGAACUUACCCUCUCUACAACAGCUACAACAUUCAGGCCCAGUGCAGUCCGUGGAUGGCAUGCUGGUAAAAUGGGAGGGCAGUGUCUUUCAUCUGUAUUCUGGGUGUAGUGAGUUUUACGGCAUGUGGUGGUCAUGUGGCUUAUGAGGAAUGAGAAAGGGGAUGAUCGAUUUUGGUGGUUCAUAUGGUAUUAAUUCCUUCGCUUCUCGAUAUGUAUUUCGACGACUUUACUCUGCUCUAUGAUGAGCUAUAGUUAUAUCAUUCACUACAAGCACAACUGAACUUUGCUAAAUCUCGUG